UUCUGAAUAGAAAGUUGUUAAAAAUAUUUGAGCAUGGAGUCUAUUUUAUUUAGACACAUUAAUGGCUGUACAUUGAGGCGGAUUGUUGACAGGCCGGGUGCUCGGCCACGUAACUCCUCGUGUCACGCUGAGCAAGAUGCUCCCUGCUCCUGAAGAAUAUCAUCCCUGCCGGGUCGUGAGAAGAACAUCUGCUUCCGGGUGAAGUUUAACGCGAGCCGGCUCGUGCCACCACUUUGCUAGGCGUGCGCUGAUUGGCUGCGUGUGUCGGAUCGCGCCGGGCUAUUCAGAUGUCAAAACAUAACUGUGCAUAGAUUAGCGUGGGUAAGGGAAUGUUGGGGGUAUAAAGGCGGGUCGGGAGGCUGCGUUCCAUCACACUAACUUGUCUCCCAGAGCUGAACACAUCGCAGUGAUGGAAUCAUUCGAUAGACACACGGAAUCAGACUCGGAAUAUAUUGGAUAUAGAAAGGGUCGAAAACUGUUGGCAGAAAAACGGCGACGGGCCAGAAUCAACCAAUGUAUGUCAGAAAUCAAGGGCAUCGUUUGUGGGGCAGAGCAAAAAAACGACCCCAACUAUGAGAAGAUGGAGAAGGCCGAGAUUCUGGAGACGACUGUAGAUUAUCUGAGGAACGUCAGGAAGAUCAACACCACACAUAAACACGUCAAAGAAGCAGUUCAAGCCAGAUUCCAACAUGGCUUCUCCAAAUGUGCUGAAGAAAUCCUCUCCUAUGUUCACUCUCUGCCAGGAGUGUCGGACAAUGUACACCGUCAGCUGAGAAAACACAUCUCUCGACGUAUGACGCACAUUCAGCAGGUGCCCGUGACGUCACCAACAGGGAAUGUGACGUCACACCCAAGUCAGUGCCAUGAGCGACUGAGAACAAUACCCUCCCACAGUUCCCAGUUUCCACAUCCGGCUGCGCAUGCGUACAUGAGCAGGACAGUGUGCACUUCCCCCGUGAAGGAAGACAACAGUUUCUCAGACAGUGGAUAUGCUGGUUCUCCUGAUUUUAUCAAACAAUCAACCCCCAGAACCGGACAUUCUAAUCUCUCAGAUUCAGAACUGUGCAAAAUGGAACCUAAAAGUUCCAACACAAACUUUGACGAUUCAAGGGUAAGGGCGUGGCUCCAGAGCACGUGGUUCUACUCUCAGCAAAUGAAAAUGGAGCCCUAUGGUCGUGCAGCCCUUCGAUCGCCAACAACAGGCGACGUUUGGCGACCAUGGUGACAAUUACAGCAAAUAUCCUCAUUCACAAAACAAACCGAGUCUACACCUGUGAUAUCAAACCAAAGUGCUAA